GUGUCUGCAUACUCCGAGAAAGUUUUGAGACUACCCCCCGAACGGAUUACGAACCGCCUUCGUCCAAACCCGCGGUUCGCUACGCCCAGGAUGAUUAUAGUGAUCGCCGUGUGAUGAUAGUGUCGCGAACGCGUAUCGGAUGUGGUUUGAGGUUUUGCGGUUUAUGCAGGGUGUGCCGUUCAGUGAAACCAACGAUAAUUAUAAUAUUGAUACUGAACGUAAUAUUUAGUUUCGAAUGAUUGAACAAUUAUUAUGGGUCCUCGCGCUGGCGUUCGCCACGCUGGCAACCGCAGAGCCCCCAAGCGGCUACAACUACAAUCGCCCUAGUGGCGGAGGUGGUGGCGGAUACUCCGGAGGCGGCGGAUUCUCAGGCGGAGGCCUCUCAGGAGGUGGCGGUGGAUACCAAGCAGUUUCGUCCGGAUACCAAACGUCAGAGGGCGCAUCCGUUGACCCGCAGCUCUUGGAACAGGUCAGACAGAUCCUGCUCAGAGAAGAACAGUCCUCAUCGUCGUCGGCUGGAGGACACGGAGGCGGCGGCGGCGGCGGAGGCAUCAGCUCAUCGUACGGUGCCCCAAGCCAGCAGUACGGCGCCCCGUCCCCGCAAUACGGAGUGCCCAGUUACCAACAGCGCGUGGUCGGCAUCGAUCUAGAGGGCAUCAAACAGGCCAUCCAGGUGGCUCAAUACCAACAGAUCUCCCAGCAGGCAGGCGGAUACCCUAGCGGACCCAGCUCCAGCUACGGGGCCCCUUCGGCACCUAGCGGCUCCUAUGGCGCCCCCUACUGAUCGUAGGACUGAUUCAGUGUAAAUACCAACGUCUCGAGAGAAGCACAACACACACGGGUCAUGAUGCAUUCCAACAUCUCAACGACAACAUUGACGAGUGAUCACACAACAUCUCAUCAUCAUAACAACAUUGUAACAUGGAUAACAUCUACACAUGUUAUACUUCUUGUAUAAAGCUUUUGUAGGAUACUUUUUUAAAAAAUACAUUUGUCACCGUAAACGAA